CAAGUGGAGUCUUCGUCGCAUAUAGUCUACACACGCGUUAAUACAAGAUAUGGUUAUCAGCAGUCCAUGAGAGAUUAGAAAUAGUUGCUCUCUUAUUAAUUAAGUGCUGAAUCACUUCAUUCAUUACCAUCAUAGACACAUGUCACUUUUGGUUGCUGCUGCUCCUUCUUCUUCUUCUCAAGCACCUGCGACUUAUCGAUACGAUGUUUUCAUCAGCUUCAGAGGGGAAGACACGCGCAAAGGAUUCCUCAGCCAUCUUCAAGUCGCUCUCCGCCAAAACCAAAUUCAAACAUUCAGAGACGAUGACGGCAUGGACAAAGGAGGUCUCAUCUGGGACGAACUUCUUCACGCCAUCAGAAACACAAACUUGUUUGUUGUUAUCUUCUCCGAAAACUAUGCAUCCUCUAGGUGGUGCUUGAAAGAGCUGGUGGAGAUCGUGGAACGCAAGAACAAUAAAAAUGUAGUGAUUCCAGUGUUCUACGGAAUAGAGCCCACACAUGUUCGCAAGCAGAGUGGAAGUUACCGCAGAGCUUUUGAUAAGCAUGAGAGAUCUUCGGAGGACCGUUGCCAUGUGCAACAAUGGAGGACUGCACUCACUCAAGCUGCCAAUCUUUCUGGCAUCACCUUUGAUGAUCACAGGGAUGAUGAAGCUAAGUUAAUUAGUGACAUUUUAAAAGCAAUUUUGCCACAUUGUGUGAAGAACAAGUGCUUCAUAGAUGGACUCAACAGACCUUUUAUUUGUAACACAAACUAUACCCGCGUUGAAUCUUUGAUGAGACUCAAGAUGGAGAAGGUUCUUGUGAUUGGAAUUUGGGGUAUGGGCGGUAUUGGUAAGUCAACCAUUGCUGAGGCUCUCUUCAAUAAUUACUCUUUUCAAUAUGAAGGCUCUUGCUUCUUGUCAAAUUCCAGAGAAUUAGGAAAACCAUGUCUCAGUGACAUAUGCAGCAGACUUCUUUCUCAAUUAUUAAACCAAGAUCUUCAUAAUACCAAUAUUGGAGUACUAGACUCUCGCACUAAAAGUAAACUCGAGAAGAAGAGGGCUUUGAUUGUACUGGAUGAUGUGGUUGAUUCGCCAAUUGCAACUGAUUUGGUUCCAGGUUUGCGUACUUGCCUAUGUUCUGGUAGCAUUGUCAUUUUGACAACAAGGGACAGGAGUGUGCUUACAAGUGGAGGAGUUGAACAAAUUCAUGAAAUCAAGCAAAUGAGUAAUGGAGACUCCUAUCAACUUUUUAGCCAUUAUGCCUUUUCUGAUUCCCAUCCCAAAGAGGGGUAUGGUGAACUAACAGCUAGAGUCAUAAAUUAUGCUAACCGCAUUCCAUUGGCUUUGAAAAUUUUGGGAUCAUUUCUUCGCGGCAAAAGUGUAGCUGAAUGGGAUAGUGCAUUGAAAAAAUUAAGAAAGUAUCCCAAUGCAGAUAUUCAGAAAGUGUUGAGAUUGAGUUAUGAUGCAUUAGAUGAUGAUGAAAAAAACAUCCUUUUAGAUGUUGCAUGCUUUUUCCACGGGCAUAAAAUGGAGGAAAUAACAAGAAUAUUAAAUUCUUGUGAUUUCUUUGCAGAUAUAGGAAUAAAAAGUCUAUUGGACAAGUCUCUUAUAAAUAUUUAUUCGAAUGUUCGUUAUGAUAAAUACAUACAAAUGCAUAGUUUGACACAGGAAAUGUGUUGGAAAAUCAUUCAUGAAGAAUAUAACAAAAAUGGAGGUCAACAAAUAAGACUGUUGAAUACCACCGAAGAAAUUUGCAAUAUUUUCCAAGAUGAGAGAGAUAUUCAUGGAGUUGAAAGCAUGACGGUGGAUAUGAAUCAAGUUACAAUAGAUCCACGUAUAAUCAUCAUUGCAUUAAGGAAGAUGCCAAAGUUAAGGUUACUUGCUUUAAGAGGAAAUUUCAACAUGGAUCUUGAAUGGAACACAGUGUUUCUAGAGGGUUUUCAACUUCCUAAUGACUUAAGAAUCUACCAAGUUUGGAGUUUCUUGACCUCUGUUGCUGCAAACACUUGAUAGAGUGCCCAAAUUUAGCAGGUGCCACGAAUCUCAAAUCAAUAAAACUCGAUGGCUGUAAAAGCUUACAAGAUGUUGAUCCAUCUAUUUUCUCUCUCCCCAAGAU